AUGUUACAUGGAUAUCAAGUAACUGAGCUUACUGCAAAUAAGCUUAAACGUGUUCAACGUAACUCAACAUUUGGAACAAUCACAGCUGAAGAUGUUGCGUACUUUAAAAGUAUUUUGCCUUUAGAAUCCGUACUGGAAAAGGAGAGCUGUCCAGAAGAAAUUUAUUUGAAAUAUACAACAGAUUGGUAUAAUGUCUAUAGAGCUAAUCCUGCUGUCAUCUUAUUUCCAGAGACAACUCUUCAAGUCUCUAAAAUAUUAAAAUAUUGUAAUGAUCGUCAUUUGGCUAUUGUACCUCAAUCAGGUAACACAAGUGCCGCAGGAGGUUCUGUUCCUGUCUUUGAUGAAAUCAUCAUCAGUACACAUAAACUCAAUAAGAUCCGUAGCUUUGAUCCCUUACGUGGUGACCUGAUUUGUGAAGCAGGCUGUGUCCUUCAGGACCUGGAUAAUUAUUUAGUAGAGAGAGGUUAUCAGAUUCCUUUAGAUUUACCUGCUCGUCAUAUAUGUCGUAUUGGUGGUAAUAUUGCUACAAACGCAGGUGGUAUUCGUCAAAUGCGUUUUGGUAAUUUACAUAGUAGUGUGAUGGGUCUCGAAGUCGUCUUGCCAGAUGGUACCAUCCUGGAUAAUCUUACGACACUUAAAAAGGAUAAUACAGGUUAUCAUCUCAAAAAUUUAUUUAUUGGUUCUGAGGGUACCUUGGGCUUCGUUACGGCCGUAUCCAUCACAACCCCUCGUCUUCGUGAUGGCGUGAAUGUUUUCUUAUUAGGCUUUUCCAAUUUUCAACAAGUCGUCGAGACUUAUUCAUUGGCAAAGAAGGAAUUACCAGAGACAUUAUCUGCCUUUGAAGUCUUUGAUAAUGACUCUGUUCGAUGUGUACGAGAACAGGAUUAUCAGGAGCCUGCAGGUUCACCUUUCCCUAUUCAGGAUACACAUCACGUCUAUGUUGUAUUAGAAACAGCUGGUACUGUACCUAAAUUUGAAAAUGAAAAAGCAGAUCGCUUUUUAUCCUUGUUACGUGAAAGGGGUUUCAUUCAGGAUGGCGCUAUCGCUCGUACCGCGGCUGAGCGUGCUAGAUUUUGGUCAUGGAGAACAAAGUUACCUAGAGCUAUCGUUCAAAAUGGUCCUUCCUCCAUUCAUUUUGAUAUCUCUUUACCUUUACCUCGUCUCUAUCAACUUGUAGAAGACACUCGUAGUUGGGCUAUUGCAGAGGGUCUGAUUCCAAAUGAUAUCGUGGCCGUUUAUGGUUAUGGUCACGUCGGCGAUGGUAAUUUACACUUGACGAUCCCUGCUUUACGUGAUGACCAGGAAUUGACAGAAAAGGUGGAUCGUUUCGUAUAUGAAUGGACUGCUAAAUAUCAAGGAAGUAUUAGUGCUGAGCAUGGUGUAGGUUUGAUGAAAUCACCCUAUCUUGCCUAUACUAAAUCAUGUACCAUGAUCAAUACAAUGCGAAAGAUUAAAGACUUGUUUGAUCCUCAUCAAAUCAUGAACCCUUAUAAAGUUUUCCCAACUGAAUCACAAGAAGAAGAAGGUGAACUUAUCCGUAAAAAGUUUAUGGUUGGCUGUUAA